ACGACGCAGUCGGCAACAUGGCAGCGGAAGCAAGCACCACCACCGCCGCCGCCGCGAAUGGCGCGCCAAACGGCGAUUACCAGGCAGUGUGGGCAAACAAGUACCGCGGCGCCACAGUAGAGGACCUCGACCCCCCGCCUGCGCUCUCCGUCCAGCCAAGCGACCCGAUAUCAUGGGCUCUCAUGUCCGGCCUUGAGCGCGACUACACACACCUCACCGUCAUCUCGCAGGCAAACCGGGCAUUGCUGGGCUACAUCAGCAUUCCGCGCCUCCAGCAGCUCCUCAAGGAAGGCACAGUCAAGGACAGCGAUCCCGUCCAAGAGGCCAUGCACAAGUUCCAGCGACGCGGCAGGCGAUACAAGGUCAUCACUACAGAAACACCGCUUGAGGAGCUCGAGGACUUCUUCAAUGGGGGCGUAGACGGCAGCGGAAAGCAGGAGUUUGCGGUGGUGACGGAUGCAAGCAGGAAGUUCGUGCUCGGAGUCGCUACGAGAGCCGACUUGGAGAACUUUGCCAAGAGGAGAGCAUGAACAAGUGCAGGAUUUCCAUGGGCCGUGGGAGCACGCAUCAAUACGCUAUGGAUCACGGUGGGAUGCAUCGGCAGGCGUUUUCUGGGGGAUACCAAGGAUGCUAAGUAGGAAGGGAGGAAUGCCUCGGUUUACGCCUUUGCACCCAUGGGACUUUGAGAGCAUUCCUGUACACAGCAUGCUGCGAUAUCAACUCGCGCGAAUCAAGGCUUGCCUGGUUAGUCCACAUGGCGCUAAGACGUGAUUUUGGUGGGACGCGGCCUUACUACAUACCCCGUUCAAAUGUAGCCUGGAAUAUUUACCAAUUCUAGCCAACUUUU